AUGGUGGAUUUUGGAAACGUACCGGGUCCUGUAAAGGCAAUUUUCAACAAGUUCCCGCUGCAGAUGUAUCCGCCAGUAGCGAGCGAUUAUGAGGACUUUGAGGGUGAUGAGUCUAUGCGAAGGAGCUAUUUUGAAGGUCAGAACGCGGUCCAGACGUCUGGUGCCGAUACGUUUGCAUUGGGCGUGUACAAUGUGUUUGAACACGGCGACACAAGCCGACUGCUUGCGUCGGAUCCGUGGUGUUUGUUUACGCAGCUGGCACUGUGUCGCAAGAGCAGAUUGAAGCUGGGGACUCGUGCAGGGCUUGGCGGUGCGCAGAGAACAAAGCAGAGCACAAAGCAAAGCACAGCGCCCCAGCAUUCGAUGGUAACUUUAUCGCCGCUCGCGGCGGUCGACGCAAGCCUGCCGGUGCUCAUCGAGGGUUCGUCAAGGCGGUUUGUACGGUCUACAGAGGGCAUCAAUGAGAUCCUGCGGUCGCGUAUCAAAGACUGUGAAGACGUGGUGUACGCAGCGCUGUGGGACAGCGUGGUUUACGACGCGUGGAUCGCAGAAACCGUGUUUGGCGCGCCCAGAGACCACGUCUUGCGCACCUACGCGUUCGAUUACAAGGCAAACGGUGCGGUACUCAGCUACGUGUCGAGACGUAACGUCACAAUGGCAUUGUUGAAGCGCAACGGGUUCGAACUGCGGCACGCGGCCUUGAGUCGAUACGCCGACUCACCGGCAGGCCCUAUGGCAGGCCCUAUGGCAGGCCCUGUGGCCGGCUUGCUAGACCCCAUUGUUGAAAACGCGCAACGGACGUUGCAGCAGUUCGAGUCUUUGCUUGCAGACGACGAGCAAACUUUCUUUUCGUCCUCUGACAGCGCCGGCAUGCUCGAUCUCAAAGUGGCAAGCUAUACCACGUGCCUGCUACAUUGUGCAAGUAGUGAGAGCAGGUUGGCAGAGUACCUGAGACGCCGUUGCCCGCAGCUGGUGGCACAUUCGUUGCUAGUUGUCCAGCAGUACUGCUAG